CCUUGUCUGAGAAAAUAGAUAACAGCCUCAAACAGGCAUACGAAAAGCGGGGAAAUCCCGAACUCAAGUCAGCCAAUCAAUGGUGACUAUGGGAAUGGAGACACCGGUGGGGGGGGGGGGAUAGGAAUGAAAAAAGGAAUCGAGCCCUUUUUUCGUCAGUUCAUAAUCGAAUGGCUCAUUGUUAUGUUCUGUGCUAGUCGUCGCUGGUGAUAGAAUGUGCUCUUUUGGCUCAGUUUGAGUGUGAAAUGCAAAUGUUGUAAAUCGUCGUUUGUUUUAGUAGUGUUGUGUCAUAUCUUCUCCCGACAUGCCGAAGCGAAAGUCACCGCAGACGUUGGUGUCGGAAUGUUUGAAAACCGUCUCCUGUUCGAUUGAAUGGUUCGCGUUGCAUCAUUACCCACAAUUCAACUACCUCAGUAAAACUAACCAAAUUUCGUCAUCUCCUUUUUUUCCUGAAUUGCGUAAUUUUUAUCAACUUUAUUUUAUUAUACACUUCCUAUUUGUGAUUGUAAUAGCCAGUGAUUUAACUGGCCAGAUUUUCAAUCGCUUGAAAACUAUUCCGGGGUUAUCCGCUAGUCACUUUCAACUGGCUUUAACGGACCAUUUGAAUGAAAUUGACCUUUCCAAUCCGUAUCAGCACGACAGUUGGGAUUAUUACAUCGACAUCGCACUCGGUAUCAUUUGUCGACGUAAACCGAAUUUGUUGCGAAUUAAUUUAUCCAACGUCCUCCGCAUUCCGGAUAUUUUCUGGACUGACAUUGUCCCCUCGCUGGAUUACCUUCGAGUCAUUAGUCUCCGUUCGACCAACUGCGCCGAUCAACAAGUUCUCACCCUCAUCAAACACUGUCAGAAUUUAAGGGAAUUGGACCUGUCGCUGUGCGAACGCGUUACCAAUUGGAGUGUGUCGAAUUUGUGCCAGGAGUCGGCAGUCGGGAUCAAGCUUCAAUUACUGGACGUCAUGCAAACCCAGGUGGACGAGCGUGGCAUUCGAUCCGUUGUGCAACGAUGUACCGGGCUGAGCAGCCUCAAAUGGCGCAACACAAUCAACGCUCUGGGGCAAAUUUAUCGAGAUCUGGCUUCCGGAACUAGCACGUCGCACAUCACUACUCCGCCCAGCUAUUCCCUGCAUCAGCUGAUCAGUGACAGUUCAUAUCGACUGUACAGUUUACAAGGUGCCGUCCAGCUCUGCCGCCAGGCCGUACAAGUGAUCAUCGAUGGUCCGUCGCUACUGCUGGCCGAAGAGCUUCAAGCGCUGGAACAUUUGCACUGCCUGCGGGAGCUGCGGGUCGUGCUGGGCAGUCACACAAGGUCUGAGCUUCUGCUGGAAUUCCGCGAAGGUUUCGAUUCGAUUUUAACGAAACACGGAUCGACCCUGCAGCACUUGUCAAUCGGCCGGAUUCGUCACGUUGACCUGGAACGGAUCGCCCAUUCCUGCCACCAACUCACUUCGUUAUCUCUGGAACUCAAUCACAGCUACAGGGAGACGACGACCGACACUAGGACGACCAUUCAAUCUCUUUCCAAAUUAAAUGUCUCCGUUCGCGAUCGCAAAUCAAAUGAAGAUUCCCACCACGACGUCCCCGCUUCUUGUCUGGCAGCCCUUACUGCAUCGCCCGGCAUCAGACACAUUAAAAUAACGGCCAGUCAGAACAUGAGCGAUGCCAUUUUGUCCGAAAGUCUCGUCGGCCAUGAUCUCGAUAGUCUCGAAUUGGAAUCUUGCUCAAAUAUUUCCAUGAGGAGUCUCUGGUCCGUCAUCCAUCAUUCGAAACGUUUGUCGAACCUGAAAGUCUAUCGCUGUCAAUUAGUCGUCGAUAGCGAAAUCGCCGAGCUUCACAGGAUGAUUGAAGAGCAGCGCUGGGAUCUAGACGUGGAUUACUAUCCCGAUAGCUGAAUGGAUGACCAAAGGCACUCUGCUGGGACUUGCACCAAAUUUUUCGUAUUGUUGUUGUUCGAAAUGAUUUUUUUCUUUUAGAUAAUUUCCAAUUGAAUUUGUGAAAUUAUUAGUUGAACUAAUUUUAAUUUGCGCUCAAGUGACACAGCUCAAGCUCAAUCGAGACUUUGAGCGCACCUUUCACAUAGGUUUUGAAUUUUUAAAAUGUAAUGUGUAUAACAAUGUCUAUUCUUUUGAAUAAAUAUUGUAUUGCAAGUUUAG